UAGCCAUUUUGAAUAAAAAUCCUUGUUUAUUAUUAUUGGUUAAAGAGAAAAUAAUAAUUUUAUCAUUGGUUGAAACAUUAACCAACCUACAUAAAAUAAUUUAUUAGCCAAUAGAACACCACUAAAUGCUGUGGUUGUACAAUUUUGACAACAAUAAUAAUUCUGAGCGAGCCUUCUCGUUUCUCACAUAAUGACACCAAAAUUGACUUGACACAAAAUUUGUCAAAAUACCGUAUAAACAUAAUUGCCUCUAUCUCCAUUGUUUCUUUUACGUUUUCUUCUGUCUUCCCCGGGUUUGUUUUAUCCAUUGUUUGGUAUAUUUUCGAGUAGAACAGUUAUUAGUUGAUCGUCACAUCGUCAGCACAGAGUGAGUGAGUAAAAUAGUAUCGUCGCUCUAGUAGUCUUGACCUUAUGCCAUCGGACUCUCGAUGUUUUAUGUUGUGUAACGACGCCAAAAGUCUAGGAAGAACGAUGCCAAGUUUUAUAUCAACAACCUCGGACCUAGAAUAAAUAAGUUUUUCAUACACGUAUGGUCACAAGAAAUCGUGUACAGGUGCAGUAUACGAAACAAUAGUCGACAAACAGCACAUCUGUAUAAAUAGAAGCCUAACAAUACUAAAGAAUCUCGUAUAAUGAGAACCUCAUAGUAAUGAAUUGUGAAGUGUAGCACAUGAAGCAUAAUUCUCAAUGUUAUAAUUGAUGGUAAGAUGAGUGAGGAGGUGCAGGAUGACGGGAGCAGGAACAGCGCGUCGCUCGACGAGUCGGACGCGUCCGGGGCAGAGUGCGCCACGCUCGAUGCGUCCACCAACAUCUCACAGACUACAAUCAGCCAGAUGACAGCAAGCUCUGUGACCGCCACGGAAGGUGCAAAGUGGUGCUGUCAUGUGUGCACUUAUGAAAACUUCCCACUCUCACGAAAGUGUACCAUGUGCCGCAGUCCCAAAUCCGUGGUCAAUGAGGACAUCUUCAGGCUACAAGACGGUGCCAGUGCUCUACCCACUCAAGAAAUCUGUGGUGCGGAGGCAGUGACGGAGCGCCUGAAGCCGCUGCGGAUAUCUUCCCCGCAGGGAGCCAGCGCGUCCUCCGUCGCCAAGUGGCCUUGUCCGACGUGCACGUACGACAACUGGCCGCGCUCGCUGAAGUGCGCCAUGUGCGGCAGCAGUAACCCGGCGGCGCCGCCCGCGCCCCCCGCGCCCCCGGCCGCGCCCCCCGCGCCCCCGGCGCACCCGCCGCCCGCCUACACGCCGCACCCCGCGCACCCCGCGCUCGGUAUCAACGACAUCUGCAACAGUCAGAGCGCGUCGAUCCACGAGCUGGACGCGGGCGCGCGCCGCUCCAAGCGCCGCAACAACACCGACUGGAUCUGGCUGCAGGCCUGUCUCGGCGUGGUGGAGGGCGACGCGCGCUGCGUGGAGAGCUACCUGUCGGGCGGCGGGGACCCGGCGCGGGCCCUCACGCACGCCGAGGUGGCGCUGCUCAACCGCGCCUCCGCCUUCGACGCCGGACACACGCUCGUGCACCUCGCCAUCAGAUUCCAGCGGCAAGAGAUUCUAUCGACGCUUCUGUCACGGAUAUCAGGCGGCGGGCCUGGCCUCAAGAGAUCUCCUUCCUAUAUCGCCCCCGACCUAGCGUCUGCCAUCCGGCGCCACAUCGCGAGCACGGUGCGCUACAAGAAGGGAGGGUUCCCCGUGCGGUACAUCGGGGAGUUCUCCACGUUCUACCUGCCGGCCGAGAUCUCCGAGCUGCCGGCCGCCAUCCAGGAGCAGCUGUUCUCCGAGCUGCUGGACCGCGAGGCGCAGGCCACGCUGGAGGGCGCGCGCCCGCCGCUGCUCAACUGGCGCGGCUCGCGGCUGUACGCGCUGUGGAACCGGUCCGCCGGCGACUGCCUGCCCGACGCGCUGUGCCAGGCCGCGUGGGGCGUGGCCGACCGCCACAACACGCUGCGCGCCGCGCUGCACGACGCGCUGCAGCAGCGCGCCCUGUACGCGCGCUGGGCCGCCUGGGAGCGCGCGCAGGCGGCGCGCCUGCAGUACGCGCCGUCCGAGGCGCAGCUGCGCGCCGAGUGGGCGCGCCUGGCGGCGGCGGCGGCGCGGCCGGGGCAGGCGCUGCACCAGCUGCACGUGUGGGCGCUGGCGCACGUGCUGCGCCGGCCCAUCCUGGUGUACGGCGUGGACGUGGUGAACUCGUUCCGCGGCGAGGCGCUGGGCUACGCGCGCUUCCGCGGGCUGUACCUGCCGCUGCUGUGCGAGGCGGAGGGCUGCAGCAAGAGCCCGCUGAGCCUGGCCUACACGCGCGGCCACUUCUCUGCGCUGGUGCCGCUGGCGCCGCGCGUGCUGGACGAGCGCGCCGCCGCGCUGCCGCUCACCGACCCCGACGGCAAGCUGCUGCCCGUGCACUUCCUCAGCGCCGACGAGAUGUGCGACCCGGAGAGCGUGGUGCGGCGCUGGGUGUGUGCGGGCGAGUGGCGCGGGGUGCUGGCGGCGCGACAGGCACUGCCGCCGCGGCCCCUGCUGCAGGCGCAACUGUUGGAGGAGUGGCUCAACCACUACCGCCGCCUGGCGUACGUACUGCUCUCUGUAUACUAUAUAGCGCGUGUAUAUGCCGCCGCGGCCCCUGCUGCAGGCGCAGCUGUUGGAGGAGUGGCUCAACCACUACCGCCGCCUGGCGCAACAGACGCGGGGCCCGGCGCCGCCGCGGCUGCAGGCGCCGCCCGACUUCUCCAGCGACGCGGACGCGGACGCCGACACGGACGACGAGUAGCGAGCUGUGACGUCACUCGCAGCGCCACCACGCUCCUAUUUGAAUUUACUAUUUAGUAGCACUUAUUCAAUUGCAGUGAUAUAUUUUUGUAGUGAUUCGUCAUUUUUCUUUAUUCCGAUCUAGAUCUUAUUAUUGUAUUUGUAAAUUACGCAAAGUAAUAUUAUUAUGUACAGAGUCGCCAUAACGUUACCUUCUCAUCGUUAAAAAAACCUGAAUGUUUUUACUUGGCACAAUCGGAAAUGUUACAAAACGUAUUCGUAGCAGAUCGGCCCGAGGCGCGGAAUACAUGCAAGUAGCAAUGUAGCAAUGUUUUGUAACAGCCGCAAGCAAUGAACACGCAGCGUCCGAUGGAACGUUAACAACACUACUCAACAAUAUGUUCUGGAAGCUUCGAAUCUGUAACACUUAGUCGUAAGUAGUAUUUAUUUAGUGUUCUUAACUUUCCAUCUCAUUCACCAACAUUAAAAAUUGUGUAUUGGAACGAAAAUCUAAACGUUACGCUAUUACGUUUACUGUUCGGUUUACUUACAAAAAGAAGGAGUAUUUGUAUUUCGAUUUGGUAUUAGUAAGCUUGUGUAUAUUCCCUUGAAUGUGAAAUCAUUGAACGGGCGGGUGUCGCUCGUCGCUCACUAGUAUUCCACAACGAUGCUGUAAAAACUCGAAACAUGUCACUCAAGACAAAAAAAUACGAAUAAAAAUAAAUGAAGAGUCUAUUAAAUUAUCGACAUUGUACAGAGAGUAUAAGGUUCUAAUAUUUAUAUAUUACUGAUAGUAUCUCGGUUGUAAAUAAAAGAAAUUGGUUUAAAAGUAAUAAUUAUAAUAUAAAAUAGAUGUAUAGUUUAUUUGCUUAGUGCAUACGAUAUUAUUUGUUCGGCUUGUCUGUUCGGGAUCGGGAAAUUGCAGUCGAGUUCAGUGAGCUCCGUGACCGAGUGUUGAAUGACUUGUAUUAUAUAAAUAGAGAAACACGAUUGUAGUAUUUAUAGUCAGAGUACUACUGUACUACUGUACCAGGGGAACCACGAGGCAGCACAGUUAUUGUAACGGGGAUGGAAUCACUUGCCAACACUCGGCGUUUGCUCGAGAAAAUUGUAUUAAUACAAUUACGUGCUAUGUAUAAAAGCUUGCAACUAAUAAGACUAUUUGAUCUAAUUCAUAAUUUUGUUCGUUUUCGCCCAAAAUCUGUAAAUAAGUUGAUAGGUACAUGUCUCGGAAACUAGGUACUUGAGCUAACAGUCACGUUACGAUAUUGUCAAGUUGUGUACCUAUACCUACCUAAUAUUUUUUAAUCAAUAAAGCACUUAUUUUAUGAAGCUGUUCUAUA